AUGAACGAUACAGACCACUGGGCAUCUGAAGAGGAAUGCGAAUAUGAAUGCGAGACAUGUGACUUUGAGUUUUACUCUCAAGACGAAGCAUGCCAACACAUGGAUGCGUUGGGACACUGGGCAGAACGGUAUGAAUGCGAGACCUGUGAGCGCGAGUUUUUCACCCAGUAUGCUGCAGACCAACACAUGGACGCUCUGGACCACUGGGCGCCACCUGAGUAUAGAUGUGAGACUUGUGACCGGGAUUUUUACUCUCAAGAAUCAGCGAAUCAGCAUAUGGCAGCUCUGGGGCACUGGGCACCAAAAAUCCCCUGCCAGACAUGCUCAGAGAAGUUCCACACCCAGGAUGCUGCGAAUAGCCAUAUGAAGAGCUGUGCCCACUACCGCCACUUUUGCAAGGCUUGUAACUGCCACUUUCAGAGCCAGAAAGAUGUCCAAGCUCACCUCGAUUCGGAAACUCAUCGUCCAGCAAACAUCUCCUGUCCUUUCUGCAAUAAUAACUUCAAAACCGCUAGUGACAUAGUCCAGCAUCUCAAAACUGGCUCCUGCCCUGAUGUCCCCAAAUCGAACCCCGAGACCACCCAGCCUACGACCUCUGAGCCCAAGUUCGAAGAAGUUACCACCAAAAAAGAGAUCGAACAGAGAGAAAAAAAAAAGAACGCUGAAAGCCCUGCGACAAAUGAGGCGGACAAAAGUCGCUGUUGGGAAUGCUCUCUACGUUGUGGGCAGUCCCGGCCCACAGAAGAUGCUGGUAAACACCCAGAAUCGCCUGUACAGAAAGAAAAGGAACAUAAAUGCAUCAAGGGCUUCUGUGAAGAAGAUUCUGCGGUGCUAGCUAAGGUUUCGAAUCAUCUCGAGAUUAUCGUAUAA